GAGUUGUGUCCCAUAUGUGGAAAAAAAGCAUAGCAGUGCACACACACAGGUCUGAUCUACUCCAAGGAUUAUCCUAGUGCUUUCAGAUCUGAUGGAGGACAUGCAGGCAUGAAUAGGGCUGUUCUGUUGUCAGUGCGAGCUCAUGCCAGUGAUGGACUACAGCCGGACGGAUGCUAACCUUAGCUGGCAUUCACAAAACAGCAUUCCUCCUUACUGAGACCAGCUCCACAGAAUGCUGAGUCCUAUUGUCCCCUAUAGUCUGUUAAAGAUGCACUGGAACCCAGAGCAUGCCCAGCCUCUCAGCCAGUGGCCUGAGCAGCACCUGGACGUCUCCUCCACCACCUCCUCUCCGGCCCACAAGUCGGAGUUCUACUCUGGCCGCAGCCGCAGCUCCUACAAUUACGCCUGGGCCAAUGACGACAUCUCAGCCUUGACAGCCUCCAAUCUGUUGAAGCGCUAUGCUGAGAAGUACGCUGGUGUGCUGGACUCACCAUAUGACCGGCCACCUACUGUUGGCACCUACCCAGAGCCAGGACCCUUUGGGGGCCUCAGUGGCCAGAAGACUGAGCUGGAGCCCUGGCCUCUGACGCACAGCACUGAUGCCUCCUAUUCUCUGGUGCCCCCAGGAGGCCAUGACAGCCUCUCAGGUUCCAAGGUUGUAGCCACAUCCGCAGGCCCUCCAGGAGUUAGCAGUGUGUCUGUGGUGAACAGUAACCUCUCAGACUCUGGCUACAGUGGCAGCAGCUCCUGCAGUGGCUCCAGCGAGUACCCUUCGAGCUACAAUGGCACCUAUCUUUCCUCAGGGUACUGUCCCCAACCCAGCGCAGCACUUCCCCCUGCCUCCCUGCACACUCUCCAAUCCACCCCCACUCUGGUGCCCAGCUAUAGCCCUACCACACCUGUCUAUAACUAUCCCCCAAGCACGUACCCUCCCCAAACCAGCCUUGCCCCAAGCUACAGCCACCCCUCUGCAAGCUACCUUCCCUCAGGUCUACCAGCCCCUACUCCAGUACCCUCAAGACCCACAGUGGUAGGAGGCAGCUAUAGUUACCAGAGCACCAACCUUGGGACAUCUGAAUCGGGAGGGCCAUUAAAAAGAAAAGCGUUCGAGAUGAAUGUAGAAAAGGAUGAGGGUGGGGAUGGCUCUCGUUACAGGAAAUAUAGCUAUGACACCUUGAAGUCCGGGGGAAACUCACCCUACAGUGUGAAUGACAAAACAGAGUGCCGGGGAAAUGGCUUCAGCAGUUCAAGCAGCACAGACCCUCAAACCUUCAAGCCCAGUAAGCCCUCCUCCCAGCCCCUGGUGUCUCCUCAUUAUGGGGCAACAGGGGAGUACAGUCCUCCAGCUGGUAUGACCGGGGAGAAUGGUGUGGCAGAGCAGGGCUUUACCCAACAACAGCAGCAGCAGCAGCACCGCUCCCAGGCCCACAAACGACCCCCACUGUGUGGUCCAGCUGUUGAGACUAUGAAGAGCCCAGAUCCCAGACUGCUGGACCUUGUCAAUGGGGAGUUAUUAGACUGCAGCCCGGCCCUAGGCUGGGGCGAGUUGGCCGGGCUCACCCACGUCAAGACUGCCCUGGAGGAGGACCUACUGUGGCCCGUGUUAAGGCCCACUCCAGUUGUGCGGCCACCAAGAACCAUCCUGCUGUUUGGCCCCCGGGGAGGGGGUAAGACGACUUUGACUCGUUCUUUGGCUUCACAGUUGGGGGCUUCCUUCUACCGGUUGAGUGGAGCCAUGCUGGCCUCUAAAGGGAAGGCUGAGGCAGAGCACAUUCUGGGGUCUCUGUUGCAGGUGGCAGGGGCACGGCAGCCCUCAGUGGUGCUGCUCAGCCAGGUUGAGGCCAUGGAAGAAGACGGGCUGAGGCAGACACUGCUGACCACCCUGGAGAAAGCCCAGGUAGGGACCACAGGUCUGGUGAUUCUUGUAUGUGCCACUGGCAGGCCAGAUCUGUUGCAAGAUUCAGUUCAUCGGAGCUUUGCCAAGCGAUAUCACGUUGGCCUGCCAGAUGUGGGUAUGCGCAGGCAAGUGCUUCUGCAGGCGCUGUCGCCCCAGGGCUGCAGCCUGAGCGAGAGGGAGCUGAGUGCUGUGCUUCAGCGCACUGAGGGCUUUUCAGUGUGGGAACUACUGCAGCUCAGCCAGCAGGCGCUCUCCUCAGCAGCCCCCCCCACUGGGGCCAUGCAUGGCCUCCCCGCAUCCUCCAAACCCCCAGCCUUCACAGACUUUGAGAAUGCCUUCUGCAAGGUGCGCCCAAACACCACCACAAAGGAACUGGACACUUGUACAGAGUGGAGUAAGAUGUAUAGCCACUGAGAAAGCAGCCAGUCACUGUACUCGGACUGCAUUACGAACCUGUCUUUGCUUUGACAAGGCAAGCCUUGGGAAUGUUUUGUUGUUGUUUUGUAAUUACAGAUUAUGAAGCCAAAAGAGCCAGAGAAGCUCAACAAUAACGGGGAGCUGAUGAAGUCAUUUUCUGGCAGAAGCAUGCCAUGGUGUACUGUUUUUGUUUUGCUAUGAAUAACUGCAAUAUUUUAUUUUUCCCAAAGAAAAGAAAGAUGAAUAGGCCUUGUUGAGUGGGGUAGUGUAUUAGUCGUUUGGCCAAUGGGAGAAUCAGAUAGCUAUUUGGAUACUCUCAGAGAUCCUGAUUAGCCUUGGUCCAGGGCAAAAUCAAUUAUUUGUUGCUAGGUGACAUGGUCCAAGAUUAUGGAUAAUCAGGGUUUGGAAAAUACCCCCUUUGACUGCUACUCUCAGGAUCGUAUUUAUUGCCAGUCCACUUCCAUGUUAUUCUAAUGUUGAUUUGGUAAUUUGAUUUUUACUAAUCAUUCAGUACGAAGGGCUCGGGAUCAGCCACAUUUUAGAAAACCACAGUUUUUGACCAAAAACAUGUCAAACCAAAUGCAUAAUCAGCAGCACUGUUAUAUUUCUUAAAACAGACUGGGCCUCAAAAUCACAAUAUAUAUUAAUAUACUCGAUAGCUUGCUACCAAAACAUGACGCAACAGUUAGUCCUUACUUUUCUGGGAAAAAAAAGAAAAAUUUAAUCACAUUUAUUAAAUCCGACCGUGCGGCUGUCCUACGCCAGAAGUUCAGUUGUUCAAGUGAAACCUUGCAGUUACACUCGACAUGUUUGGUUGUAGAAAUACUUCAUUUAACUAUACUCACACUAAAAAUGGUACAAUUCACAAACAACUUACUUUAUUAUUUUAUGAUUGUUGUUGUGGACUUCCUUAUAAUUUCUUCUCGACCUCACAUUCCUCAUUGAGUGCAGUUUUCCUGAGAAUCACACUUACAGAGCAACAUUUAACUCACCUGCACAGCCAGCUUCUCCUACAGCGUGUCUGUUUUCUAUUUCACUUACUCCUUUUCUUUUCGUAGUGUGUAGUCUUGUUUGAAAUGCUCAGGAAGAAUUUCUUUACCUCAGAAAAAUGAAAUAAAGAAUGUAUGUAAUCUUAGGGUCUUAGUAGGGAGUGUCGCAGAGCGAGAUAAAGGAGCGAGGAGAAACCUAACAGUCUUGUAAUACCCACUGCAGCUGGGCUUUUACCUCGGGAGAGAAACUUGAAUAUGCUACAAAGAGUAACAUUGAAUGUAAUUCAGGUAUUUCAAAGGAUAUUUGAUGCCAUAAAUCCAUGUAUUAUUAUAUAUGAAUAUAUAAAUACAUUUUCUAUUCUGUUCUUUUACUUUUUAUUUUUAUUGUAGUUUAUGGUGGAGUGAUGAUUGUCUUCAAGAAAAUGCUAGAAUACAGAAAAUAUUCCUUUUUUUGUUGGACAAACUGCUUGCAGAUCUCUGUGUUAUUUAGUGAUUACAUAUCCUGUAUAGGCAUGUCUGCUGUUUAUAGUUUUACAGCUGCAAAAUAUCAUUUGAAAAUGUAAAUAUAACACACACAAUCAUACAUGUGCACUAAACAGUGAACAUCUGAGCACAAAAUACCUUCCAAAAAGACAACAAACAAAAACACAUUUUAAUAAGUUGCUAUUCGUAGCUUUCAGCAAAUCCCAAAGUCUAAAAAUUCACAGUUUACACAGUGUACAUAUUGUGGAUGAACCCAACAUGUAGACGAUCCAGACUAAUCUCUGCUUUUCCAGCAGUCCUACAGUUCUGUUUUAACAAGCUGGAAAAACCUGGUCACUGGACUGCAAGUACAGAGGUUGUUAGUGUUAGACUGUUGCCAUGGUCCUGAGGAGGUAUACACAGAGUGAUGUAAUAUUUCCUACUACCCUUUCCUCCCUCUGUCCCUCCCUCCCUCCCUCAUCAUUCUUUUUCUAUUUUCCUCUCUCCCAAAUGCAGUCUCAUUAGAUUGGAUUGCCCCCUAGCCACGAGCCCCAGUGGCCAUGUGCCGUUGUAUCCUUUCCCCAACCCCCGCCCCCCCGACCACAACAGCCCCGUUCCAGUUCCCUUAUUCCGAUUCCUCUUGCAUGGAAGUGGUCUGAUUGAUGUCCAGCAGCCCUAUAUCACAGUGCAGCCUUCCCUCUGCAGCUGGUGGCUUCAGUCAUGCCAUACAACCAGAUCAAUCAGAGUGACCCCCGCUGUGCAUACUGAUCACUGUCUCAGAAACUGAAAACACAUUUACAAAUUAAAGAGCAACCCCGGCCUCAGGCGUCACCGUCUAGAUAGUGCCUGCGAUUAUUCACAUGUAAUUACAGAAAUUAAAUAAUAACAAUGACUUAGGUGUACAAAUAGCUACAUCAUUUUGAUUUGUUGUUGUUUCCACUACUCCCCACAGUUUGUCCAACAAAACAAGCUUUUAUUUUUUACGUUUUGAUCGGUUGUCGCGGUAACUUUGUUCUUGGUUAUUGUACAUUUUCUGUAACCAUUUCUACCUCAUUUUUGCGGCAUAUUGUACAUGAAAGUAUUUAUUUCAUGUCUUUUUUGAUGUCUGUUUUAAAAAUGAUAAUAAUGUUCUUGAACUGUAAUGGUCUACCUCAGAAAAGACUGUAUUUUAAG